UACCGAAACUCAGUCUCAGCCGAACACUCGACGCGAAACGACGACGACGGCGAUAAGUUGCUUCAUACAAAAAUUUCAUUCAAUUAGAACUACAAAAUGAAGAGCCUGGCUCUGGUUGUCCUCCUGGCUUUCCUGGUCACGCUCCUUACCGGAUCCUCGGAGGCCAGCUACUGUCCCUGCGACCUCAAGACCAAAGCAACGGAGAUCUGUGGAACCAAUGGCGUUACCUACAAAAAUCGCUGCGAGUUCGAGUGCACGCAGCGAGAGCACAAAAAACUUGGACGCAUCCUGAGUAUCCGCAAGGAGGGACAAUGCUAAUGCAAUUUGGAAAAUUAUAUAGCCAACAGUUAUGCUUCCGCUUUAAAAGAUAUAACCCAAAAUAGUGCUGUGAGAUAACCCAGAAAUAGAUACAUAUACUCAUCAAAUUUAAUGCGUAUCCUAUCAAAAUCACAACAAUUUAUACCACAAAUGUAACCUAUUAAUCGAAAUAAAUAAUGUGAAAUUAUUAUUGUGUAA